ACCAAAGCAAACCUCAGCAGCUGUUUUAGUGUUUACGUUGUUUAAUUAAUAUACCACACCGUUUGUGUAAAUUUAGGAUUUUUUAAGGGACUAAAGAGCGGAUUUUUUUUUGCACUGCAGCCUCUUAAAGGAGAUGAAGAUGAUAGCAAAUUAGCUAAACAACCGGAUUUUAUGUUUAUAUUUUAAUUUAAAGUUGUUUUUUUUUUUUUAAAUUUAGUUCACGUUUUAGUGUUUUUUAAUUGUUUCGAGUUACAAUGAAGGGCUUUCAUUCUGCUUUGUCGAGCCGGAGGAGGCGGAGGAGCAGCGGGGCGGCCGGGCUGCUGUACCCGCUGCUCGGUGCGUGUCUCUGGGCUGCGGUGGUCGGAUACAAGCCGGUGAUCAUCGUGCACGGUUUGUUCGACAGCUCAGGGGAUUUUAAAAACCUACAGCGGUUCAUCAACCAGUCUCAUCCUGGAACAAAUAUCACAAUCAUCGACUUGUUUGACAGAAGUGCCAGCCUGCAGCCCAUGUGGAAGCAGGUCGAGGGAUUCAAGGCAGCUAUCUACCCAAUAAUGCAAAACGCAGAAGACGGGGUCCAUUUUAUCUGCUACUCUCAAGGUGGGCUGGUCUGCAGAGGAAUCCUCUCCACGCUCCCGGACCACAAUGUCCAAUCUUUCAUCUCUUUGUCUUCACCUCAGGCCGGGCAGUAUGGAGACACAGACUACCUGAGGUACCUUUUCCCACAGUUUGUGAAGUCCAACCUCUUCCACCUCUGUUACACUUCAUUCGGUCAGAGGAUCUCCAUCUGCAACUACUGGAAUGACCCCCACCACAGAGACCUGUACGUGAACAGCAGUGAUUAUUUGGCUCUGCUCAACAGCGAGAGACCCAAUCCAAACUCGACAGAGUGGAAGAAGAACUUCCUAAAAAUCAAAAAGCUGGUGUUGAUCGGAGGACCAGACGAUGGAGUCAUCACUCCCUGGCAGUCGAGUCAGUUUGGAUUUUAUGACGACAAUGAGACUGUUGUCGAGAUGCAGCAUCAAGAUUUGUAUUUAAGAGACGUUUUCGGUCUGAAGACGUUGGCAGCUCGUGGAGAUCUGAUCCUCUGUUCUGUUCCCGGCGUCGAACACGUGUACUGGCACUCGAAUGAGACGGUGUUUCACCUGUGCAUGGAGAAGUGGCUGGUUUAAAAACAAAAGUCUUUAACAGCAUAAACACACACACACACACACACACACACACACACACACACACACACACAGGAAUACACAUCCUGCAGUUUUAUAAGCUCCUAAAAAACACUUAACCUGCAAAAUGACCAUUUGUAUAUCAGUUGCUCACUGCGGAUUAUCUUAAAUUUAUGAGGAAAAUUUCAUUUUUCUGGCAUUUUUCAACAGUGAACGAAUAAUCCAAAAAAAAGUUAAACAUGCUUGAUGAAUUUAGGUCAUAGGAAACCACUUUUAACAACAGCAAAACUAUAUCAAAAAAUCUUUAUACAAACUCUCACACAACCUGUGCAGCAUAAUCCAAGUCUAAUUUAUGCAGUCGAAUGCUCAUCACUUCCCAAACAAAUGCAUAGCCGCUUGAGCAGCGUUCAAACUCACAUGCUUGUCCAGGCACGUUAUUUGUCCAUGCAUGAAACUGUUUGCACUGAUGUGUUUUAAAUAAUGUUUUAGCUGGAUGAAAUAGACUCAGAUUAUACUGCAGGUGUUGUGUGAGAGUUUGUAAAUAGAUGUUUUAAUAUAGUUUUGCUGUUGUUAAAUGGGACCCCCGAUUUAAUUAAAUUAAUUGAGAACUUGAUCAGUUUUUUAAUUCUUCGUUCAUUGCGGAGGCAUGCAAGAAAAAAAAUUCUUCAAGAAUUCAACACAAUGUGAAUAUUUGGUGAAUAAUUGAUUUACAAAUGGUCAUUUUGCAGGUGACGUAUUCUUCUAACGUCCACCAUUUAUGAAAAUCUGCCGCCACGACCACUGUAAAGUAUCCUCACAGAUUUGUGAGUUUACUCCUAAGGAUGUAAUCUUAAUUUUCUGGGAUUACAGUUCCUAGAAAUGACUUUAUAAUUGUACUUUCUGUAGAUACAUUUUGUUUUUUAUGCUUAUCCAAGUAACUACUACGUUACUUUAAAAGGUAAAGUUUGAUAUUUUGGGAAGUUGUUUUGUUAGAUAAGAAGACAGAUACACUCUUUAAUGUCUGUACAGUGAAUAUGAAGCUACAGCCAGAAGAUGGUUAGAUUAUCUAAGCAUAAAGACGAAAAAAACCAAAACAAAACAGGGAAUCAGCCAACCUGGCUCUGUCCAAAAGUUACAAAAUCCACCCAGCAGCACAUUUGAAGUAAUAUAGUGUUGCAUGCAGGGUUGCAACGAGAUUUUCAUGGUAUGAUAACCAUCUCAGAAAACAUAGCGGUGUUAUGGUAUCACAGAAAUAUUGUUAUUAUCAAUUAAAGUGACCGUUAAAGGACUAAAACAGAAAGUGAAAGAAAGGUUUUAUUUAUAUAAUGGUAAUUUAAAACCAUUUAAAAAAAUUAAAAUAUGUGAAAAAACUCUCCCCUUUUAAAUCACUAAAAUAAAAAAGGGAGAAUGUGCAAUAUCCAGUUGCAUUUUUCUUCAGUACCAUAGGUAACCAAUGUAUACGGCGAGAUAACCUGCAAUAUUCAUGCCUGUUAAACCUCAAAACCGAUAUAUCACUGCAGCCCUAAUUACAUGUCAGUAAAGUAAAGGGAUUAGUAAAGGCCCAGACACACCAAACUGACAUCAGAGAGUUAGCGGCAUCAACAGUCCCCUGCUGUGCUGCCUUAUAUUUUUGUGUCCAAAGCAAAAAGUUGCAUAUGAACAAACCAAACUGGCGGUGAGAGGAAUUAUCCGUCCGUACCAGCAGGCACCGGUCGUCCUUAACUGUCAUUCCAAAAAGCAAACUAGAAGACUGAUGCUAGUCAGCCAGUUAGCACAUUAACAACGCAAUGAAAGAACAAAGAGUAUUUACUGAGUGCCAGUGAACAACAACAUAAAUGAUCAGGAAACGUUUCUGCUGAAGAGCUAAAGAAAAAUAAUAAUAACCAAAAAAAAAAAAAAACCCACUCCCUGUUCAUUUUAGUUGUUUGUUUACAUUCCUUCUGUUUCUCCUCUUGCACGCUAAGCUUAACUACAAAUCAAGAGUGUUUUCAUUCACCGACCGGCUCCACUUACGCUGAUUCGACAUGCUGAAUCUGCAGGAAAAAAAUCUGACGGAUGCUCACCGACAUCCCGACUUUGACCAACAGGCGACUGUUGGCUUGGUGUGUCAGGGCCUCAGAGACAUUUCACUGUUAAAACUGCUCUCAAUGUGUUAAAAAAAAAAAAAAAAAAAAAAAAAAGGUGGAGUGCUCCUUUAAUUUGUACGCUAGCGUUAGUUUAUUAAAGAACCCACAUACAUACAGUUUAUAUCCGUGUGUGUGUGUGUGUGCGUUUGGUCACACAUACCUCAAAUCACCACACAACACAACAGUGCCUGAGCGACGUUUUGUCAUCUUGUCUACAUGUACAGACUCACUGCCCUGCUCAUUUUAUGAUGCAGUAAUUUAUAUCUUUUUAUUGUUUCAUUAUUAACCCCAGGGGUCAUGUUUUAGGUUGUUUUUUCUUGUUUUUUAGUGUGUACAUAUGACCAUAAAUAUCAUGUUUGUUAUCAUUAUCAUGCAGUGCUUUGGAGCUUUAGUAGAUGAAGCCUUAAAUCUUCCCCUCAUGCCUCAGUGUUUCAUGUCCCAUACCGAAGUGCUACGGAUCACUGCCUUCAGCGACGGUGCUAAAAACGAUGAGGGGUGGAUGUAGAGUCGUCAGAGUGUGGCAGUGCUAUAUUAGUGUUUACUUGUCCACCAGACUAUUGUUCGUGGCGCUCUUUACCUCCCAUCCCAUUUAGAUAUCUCAGGCGUUUGAGCAACCUUCAUGUUCGUCUGUCUCUGUAGGUAAAAGGGAUCUUUGGAUGUUUAUCUACUUUAUCAAUGUUUCUCAAAAUAGAUGAUAGAAAUAUCUAUUGUGUGAUAAAAGAAGAAGUGCAUUUUAAUGUUUGCAUUGCACGAUGUUUAACCAGUCAAAAAGAAGGGAAAUGAUGACGACAGGAUGACUUUAGCUAUUUUAAAGUUGUUAAAUUUGCAGUAUUAUUUUAAGAUUGUUGCAUCCUUCGUUUCAUGUUUGCUCGUGCAAUUUAAUUAAUCUAACUGCAUAAACUGUGGAUUUAAGGGAUGUCCUCUGUCUGCUCAGUUUUGAUGCUUUUAAAACAAGAUAUAGACAAUUUUUUUAAAAACUCAAACAGAAGCUACUAUUUUGACUCUAUCCUACAAUUUCUACAGUAUGAAACUGUGUCAAAUGUUGUCAACUCCUCAAUAAAAGACAGUUUUGAAGA